AUGUCUCCCUACACCGUGCUCAUCCUCUGCCUGCAGCUGUGCCUCAUCCAGUUAGAGUACAAUUCAACCGAAACUAUUUAUUUUCAGUCCGUGUUAAGCCAGAACUACGGCUGUUGCGGCUCCAGCUCCGGUUCUUACGGCAUCAGCUCCGGCUCUUACGGCGGCGGCUGCGGCUCGUACGGCGGGCAGGGCUGCGGGCAGGUGGGCGUGAACGGCCCCAUCCAAGCGUGCGGCACCACCUGCGUCGACGGCUGCGUGCCCGUGCUCGGAUCCGUCUGCUUCGGCGGCUGCGCGCCCGCCUGCGGCUCCGUCUCCAUCUGCGGACAGUGCUGCGGAUGCGGAUGCAACUAAACUCUUCACUCGCAACAAAUAUCUCAUCUAUUCAUUGGAAACCAAGUCACGAAAAAUUUAUCAGUCAUGAAAUAAACAACAAAUUAUGAUAAA